AUGAGUUUAGAGACAUUGUUUCAGCAUAUCAUCUUCACAGAGCACCAGGCUGAGGAGAGUCGUCGCUUGAUGCGAGAAGUAAGGUCGGAAAUAAACAGAUGUCGUGAAAAAAUUAAGAAAGCGGCAGAGGAGCUGAAUGAAGAGAAAAUCAAGUUGGAAUCUAAGGUUCAACAAUUUUCUGAAAAAUCCUUCUCCAUACAGCUUUUGAAAACUCGUGAAAAUACCUUAGAGAGACAGUGCAGUGAAAUUUCAGAUCAAAGGAAUAUGCUUCUUCAAACCUUUGAGGCUACAAAGAAGAAAAUGAAAGAGGAAGAGGAAAAAUUCAUUAAAGAAAUUACAAAUUUCAAUAAUGAGUAUGAAAUAACAAAGAAAAGAGAACUUCUCAUAAGAGAAAAUGUCAAGAUUGAAAUAUCUGACUUAGAAGACCAAGCAAACAUGUUGGAAAGGGAAAUUAAGUCAAUGGAACAUGAUAGUAGCCAGUUAAAUGAACUUCAGAAACAAAAGAAUGAAUUAAUACAAGAAUUAUUUACUCUUCAGAGAAAACUUAAAGUUUUUGAAGAUAAAGAGAAUGAGGCGAUUUGUACUACCAAAUACCUAGAGGCAGAAAAAAUAAAAAUCAAGGAAAAGCCUCAAAAUGAUGCUGAAUGCUUAAGACUUAAGAAAGAAUUAGAACUUUAUAAGGAAGAUGACAUGGAAAGUAUUUGUAAAGCUCUCCAAACAGAAAUAGAAUUUUUAGAGGUGACAUUGGCACAGAAAGGUCUCCAGGAAAAUGAAAGACUUACAGAGAAUUGA